AUGGCCGAGCAUGGUGACGGAAACAUCAAGGUCGUCGUGCGAUGUAGGCCGCUCAACAGUCGCGAACUUGCGCGGGGUGCCAAGCCCCUCAUCCGCAUGCAAGGAAACCAGACUUUCCUCGAUCCCCCAGAGUCAGGAUCGUCGCAAGACUCGAAGCGUGCCACCGAGCGGAAAACGAUGCCCUUCAGCUUUGACAAGAGUUACUGGUCGGCGGGCCCGAGAGAUGAGCCGGGGUAUUGUUCACAACAGACACUAUACGAUGAUUUAGGGAAAGAGUUGCUGGACCAUGGGUUCGCAGGGUUUAACGCGUGUAUAUUAGCAUAUGGUCAAACUGGUAUCGUAACCUAUGGACCCGACAAAGGCAUUAUUCCACUAACUUGUUCGGAGUUAUUUGUACGAGUAGAAGAUAAAAAAUUGGUCGAUCCAAACGUGAGCUUUACUGUGGAGGUGUCAUAUAUCGAGAUUUACAACGAGAAAGUCCGAGACCUUCUAAAUCCCAAGAACUCUGGGAAUUUGCGUGUUCGCGAGCAUCCUAGUCUAGGGCCAUACGUCGAAGAUCUGUCAAAGCUCGUUGUAAACAGUUACGACGAGAUGAUGACGCUCAUGGACGAAGGAAACAAAGCUCGAACGGUUGCUGCGACGAAUAUGAAUGAGACGUCAUCUCGUUCCCAUGCAGUAUUCACCCUUCUCCUUUCUAUGAAGAAACAUGACGUCGGUACCAACUUGGACACAGAGAAGGUCUCCCGAAUUAGUUUGGUCGAUCUAGCUGGUUCGGAACGUGCAAAUUCCACCGGAGCUACGGGCCAACGUCUCAAGGAGGGCGCUAACAUUAACAAAUCACUCACCACUCUUGGUAAAGUCAUAUCAUCAUUGGCUGUUGCCAGUCAAGAUAGCGGGAAGAAGGGGAAGAAAGGAAAAGCAGAGGAAUUUGUCCCGUACCGUGACUCCGUUCUAACUUGGCUAUUGAAAGAUAGCUUGGGGGGUAAUUCAAAAACCGCCAUGAUUGCUGCUAUAUCUCCCGCCGAUUAUGAAGAAACUUUGAGUACACUGCGUUACGCAGAUCAAGCCAAGAAGAUUAAGAACAAGGCUGUAGUCAACGAAGAUCCUAAUGCCAAACUUGUUCGUGAGUUGAAAGAGGAGUUGGAGAUGCUGCGAGCACGUGUGGCUGGAUCGAGUGGCGAGGAUACCUUUGACCCUACGGUUCCUCCUGAGAAGCAGAAAGUAACUUACCAGACAAAGGAUGGAAAGAUCAAGACUGUUACGAAGGCAGAGCUACAAGAGCAGAUGGAGGCAAGCGAGAAGCUGAUGGAGAGUCUAAACGAAACCUGGGAGGAGAAGAUGACUAGAACACAAGAAGUACAGAAGGAGCGCGAGAAAGCAUUAGAAGAGCUUGGGAUCACGGUCGAGAAGAAUCUUGUUGGUGUACACACACCGAAGAAGAUGCCGCAUCUGGUUAAUUUAGUAGAUCCGCUGAUGAGUGAAUGUCUAAUCUACCAGAUCAAACCUGGUUCUACGAUGAUUGGGCGAUUGGACAGUCAGAAACCUGCAGCCAUACGCCUUAGUGGGGACAACAUUCUCGAGGAACAUUGCUACUUUGAAAACAAUGAUGGGAAAGUAACUUUGCACUCUAUGCCAAAUAGUGUGACGUUUUUAAAUGGGAAACAAGUAUCACCGGGUCAAGCAUACAAACUUCGUUCCGGUUUCCGCAUAAUUCUAGGUGAACAUCAUGUGUUCAGGUUCAACAAUCCAGAAGAGGUUCGCAAACUACGAGAUCGUGCCACGGCUAGGUCCAAUAUGCAUCUUAGUGUUACCGCGGCAGAUUUGGAAGGAGGCGAACCUGCACCACCGUCUACUCGUCCAGACUCUCCAACGUCCUCGUCCGCCGAUGAAGCCGAUGUGGACUGGAAUUUUGCCCGACGAGAAGCUGCUCUCGCUCGCCUCGGUCUUGACCCCACUCUCGACAAUUUACCAGACGAAGAAAUUAAUAAGUUAUUCGAAAGAAUUACUAAAGUGAAGACAAUGCGGGAUCACAAUUCAAAACCACGGCCCGAAAGCAGUCUUAGCCAGGCUGACGAUGUAUGGAGUGAGUCUGGCCGACCGUUUUCAAGUGAUGCGACUACGGACGAUACAAGCCUAGAUGCUGGCCCAAGUCAUGGUAGCCCAGAAAUGGAUGGACCUCUGAAGGACGUACAGCACCAAUUGGAAUCUCGUUUGCAAGCCAUCACCGAAUCGACAGAAGCAGACGAUUUGAAGGUAGAAAAAGACCACAUGGAACACCAAUUGAAGCUCGUUCAAAGACAGAUGAGACGCCUACUGGAUGCCCGUGCCCGAGGAGAAACUGACGUUGAUAUGAUUCCCUUUGAACCUAUCAUCUACUCUGCAAAACAGUUGAGACUAAUACGUAAGGUACUGGACAAGUGGAGGGCACAUCGGUCAUUUUCAAUGGCUGAAACGGUGCUAUCUAAUGCUGUGGUUGUUAAGGAGGCUAAUGUGAUUAGCAAGGAAUUGGGAAAAGAAGUCUCUUAUAACUUUACAAUUGCGUCUGGAGGCUCCUUGGCAGCACCAAUGUCAGGAGUUGACACCAUCGCUGGUUUGGACGAGUUCGGCGACGUCGCUGACCCUGUGCUCGCAUCCUUAACUCAACCUUCCGUGGCCAUCAAGGUCCUAGACAAACGUCAUAACGCGAUUUAUACGUGGUCUUUGGAUCGUCUUCAGCAGCAGCUUCAGCGAAUGCGCAAUCUCACCACAUAUAUCGACCGUCCAUCAUACACUCAGCAUUUUUCUUCGGACGAACCUUUCUAUGAUUCCCCACCACCACAGUACUCAUUCAUCGGCAAUGCCCUAAUUUCUCUCGCGCCCCUUUCCCGCCGGUCAUCGUCGUCAUCUAUAGUGCCGAUAUUUUGCCGAUAUACAUCUGAAGCUAUUGGAUCUUGUCGAGUCGAUAUCAAGAUCAUAAAUGUUAUCUUGCCCUCAAAGCAUGGGAAUGCAUCGAAUGCUUCGACGCGACCUACCUCCCCUGCCCCAACUUCUAUCACACCAGGGAGCAAACUUACCUUUUUCCUGACUAUCGACUCCGUGAAGGGCCUGUCCUCCCACGAUUUUUCUGCUAUUCACUUGCAAGUGCGACUGUCUUCCUUCGUAGGACCGUCACUCACCACAGAAGAAAUUUUCUCAUCCUCCACUCUUGAAAUGGACACGUCUUCACUAUCAGGGCUCAGGUUCCGCCGUAGCUUCUCCAUCGUGGCGCCUUCAAAGGUCAUCACACACCUACGUCAUGGUUACGCGCCAAUUGAAUUCUUCGCGGCCGUAAAACCCACAUACUUGGAGCGCCUAGAACGUUGGGAUGAAAUGCGUGAACUCAAACUCCAUCCCUCUCAUGCAACUUCCACCGCUCCAAUCGAGUCUCCGCCUACCGUUCUCCCUGCAAUGCGUCGUUCUGAAACCGAUUUCGUUGUAGAACAAAGUCAUGAUGUGGUAGCUUGGGUACAGAUACGCGAAUUGGGUCCAGAUGGACAAUAUGAUCCGGUCUCCGUCAUUUCCCAAGGUAGUCUCGAUCCGGGUGCAUUUUCACUCCAUCAGGGUCUGCAGAGGCGGGUUCACUUGUUCUUAUCGUCGGACUCGGGAAACCAGCUCCCAUGGUCGGAAUUUACGAAGGUGCGGCUGGGGAAUGUGCGGUUACUUGAUCCGAAAGGCCGUGUGCACGAUUCUACAUCCAAAGCAUUGGUUACACUUCCCUUGCUAGCAGAGCAGACAGUCGAUUUCAAACCAGAUGGAACGGGGACAUUAACGGGGGAAGCACUUUGGGAUUCCAGUGUGCACGAUUCAUUAUUGCUCAAUCGUGUCACAGCCAGCAAUCACCGUAUCCUCCUUCAGCUCAGUUGGUAUGUCGCCGUGGAGACAUGCAGCGAACCUGUGCAUUUUACCAUGGACGUCGCCGUAACAAUGCAAACGCGGGAUGCUCGUCCCCCUUCUCGUCUACUGACUCUGUUAAGUUCUAACAAGAUUUUACUCAAGACUAGCGCGAUAUUCAAAGUCCGUUUGUCUCCUCCUCUUACUCGCUCACCAAAGGAUCUUUGGCGUCUGGAUACAUCUGAAAAAUAUGUUCGCGGCGAAGAGUCCUUGGGCGUUUGGAGAGCUCGUGGCAUUUCCGUGGUUGAAGACUAUAACCGUUUGGUCUCAACAGAGCGACGUGCUGCUGAUGUGCAAGCCAUACGUGUUAUACUUGCUUCUUCGCCGACACGCCUCGACCACUCGGAGUCUGCCGCCGUAUGGGGUUCCGACGUAUUAGUGCGGAAAGCCCUGGAAUUGUGGCAGAAACGUUUCGGUCACACAGGAGAGGUCAGUGUCCUGGGAAUUCAUCUCAUCCAUCACCCCUGUUCCCCUGACUUGCAUCGUUUUCAGAUCACCCUGAGCCAGGAGCCUUCUGAUCCCGAGAAUUCUGAUUCGGCACGCAAAGCUUCUACUCUUGAACUUCAAGAAGGUGUGAAGCUUAUCUCCAGCAACGACGGACCCACUAAGAAAGGCUAUCUGCUAAUUCUUACCGAUGCCGGCCAAAACAUAUGGGAAAAGCGAUGGUUUGUUCUUCGAAGGCCCUACAUCCAUAUUUACACGCACUCGAAUGAAUUGGAAGAGAUCGGAAUCGUCAGCCUUCACGGUGUUAACGUCGAAAACGAUCCUAAUAAGGAAUUGUUGUUAGGCAAACGCUUUUCCUUCACUUUGUUUACGUCCGCCAAUUCGCAUGCUCUGGCCGCUCCUUCCCUUAAGGAACUCCAAUCAUGGACUCUGAAGAUCGAUCCUACUAGGUCACUCCCUUAACAUGCAUUCCUGAUUUUACGUGCACUUAUGGCAUGUGCAUUCAUUCUACCGGAAAUAUAUUUGUUUCUAUACCCACUCCUUAUAUUGUUUUAGAUAUCUUGCCAAUUAGACCAUGAUUUGUAUGUGUUCCUUAUUAAUAGUACUAUAUCAACUUA